AUGCAUUUACUGCCUGUAAUAUACAGCUACUUCAAUGGGUAUGUGCAAAGGAAAACCACAAGCAGUCGGGUUUCCAUUUUCACAUGACCGUGAAGUUGUCCGAUAGGCACAGAUGGAUUAGUGUUAGAAAUUAUAUUGCACAUAAACAUCGCGUAAAUGUCAACGUCUCCAAUCGACAUGACAAUUAUUAUUACUUCCAAGGGAAAAACCUGUACCAAAACCUAGAACUAAGCUUCCUAAGGAGAGGCCUGUACCUUUAUCUAGGAAGAAAAAACCAACAAAGAGCUGUAAACCUGUAAAGCAGUUGAAGGAAGUCAAGGAGCAGCCUCAAGUGAUUACUGCAGAGUUACAUGAAAUCGAUCCAUUUGGAACUGACCUCCACAAGCCCAGUCAUAGGAAAAUUGAGACGGCAGCUAAUGGGGCCGCUGUGACGUACAUGGUAACUCCACAGUACAUGGAUCCACUUGAGCAGAUGACUGCAAGUAGACAGGUAGUGAGAAAUAUACUUGUUAACGAGUUGGGGAGAAUGGGUGGUUUGAAGUACACGGAGACCAUCAAGGUAAGAAUGUCAAAGGAAAUCGGUGAUGGAAAAACAAAGAAGGACUCGAUCUACUUCAAGUCUAAGACAGGAACUGUGACGAACUUCGAAGAUAUUGAAAACACAGCUGCCACCAUCCAACUGACCAUUCUUUCUAGAAUUGAGACUUUCCAAAACCUAUGUAGCAACUAG